AUGCAACUCUAAGAGGAUGAUAUAUUUGGAACCUCUAGUAGAGGAAGUAUCGGUAGAAACAUAUAAUAAGAUAUGAAGAGCUAGGACAAUGACUCACUUAAGAGUUUUUCAUCGUAAAGCAGUUCACAUCAGAAAAAAUUUGUCUAAGUCACUUGCAAUGGUAAAACAGCAUAGUUUGAGUUAAGUUUUACUAAUCUACUCAAAGAAUUCCUAGAUACCAAUUCAUCUUCAGUACUAAGCUAAAGGAAUGAACAGUAUGUGUUUUUCUAAGUCACUGAAAAUGAGUUAUUUAUUUAACUAAAAAAAGCUACUAAUUUCCAAGACCUCACUUAGAAGUAAUUCUUGGAUUAAGAAUAGAUACAGCUUGUGAUUGACAUAGUUUAAAGGAAUGCUGACAAUGAACUCACAUUCGGAGUUGAGGAUGAAGGAGAAGAGAGAGUAUCAGAUUAAAAUGAUCUUCAGUUUAAUUUUGGAGACUCAAAUGAGAAUCUCAAUAUUGAAAAAGAAAUACCUAACAUCAUUGCAAUCAUCAAUGAGGAUCACUAUCUUGGCUAAUAAAUUGACUAAAUCCCACAUAUUUUCUAGAAUCUGAGCAAACUUGAUGGAAUUCGUAAUAAUAUGACUCUAUUUGAUGUUGUAUCAAAAUACUUGAUCCAAAGAGAAAGUCUUAGCCUACUAAACAAUAUGAUCAUUGAAAACGAUUGCUUAAGAUAUCUUUCUGUGCAUAUACAACUCAAAGAAAUUAAAAAAACCCUUAACCAAUGGAUAUAAGAAUUAAAGAAUUCUAGUCAACUUCCGCUAAAAAUUAAAAUAGAGAAUAUGAUAAAGCUUAUUUAUAGCAUGAUUGGUAAUCUUUAAGGUAAAGAGCUCAUUACCAAUUCUAAAUUGUCAUUCAAAUGUCUUAUCAUGGUACUUAAAAUGAUAAUAGAUAAGUAUGCUUUUAAAGAUAAAGAGAUAACAAUACUUAUUAAGAUCAUGGUCUUAGUCCCUAAGAAUAAAAGGCAUUAAAUAGUUGGAGAUAUCUUCAGUAAAGUUCAAAUACUAAGCUAUCUUGAUAUGAUAUCAAAUGAUUUUCAUCUUUUGUUAAGCAGAGCAAAGGGUUAUGAAGUUUUUUAUAAGAAUGAUUUUCUUGAUUUGAUUAUUGAGAGUCUCACUCUCAAGUUUUAUGGAAUGAUGCAAAACUCUUCAAGUGAAAAUUCUCCUGAAGAAGAAAGACUUUUCAGUGAGAAGCUUAUAAAUAUUAGUCAAUAGAUAUAACUUAACAUCGAAAAGCAAGAGAAAUAAAAUCCAUUCAUAAUUGGAUCUUAAAUAAAGUGUAUUAUUCUCUCCUUCCUGCAUAAGUAUUUCCUCAUAGCUUAAGAUCAUGCUUAAGUUGUUGAGAGAUUUGACUAAUUAAUAGAUAUUUUCUAUGAAAAAAAUGAAAUUGCAAUAAGAGAUGCUUUCUUUGAAACUCUUUGUUGGUUCUUUGAAAACUAUAUUGAGUCUGUGCAUACUUUGCUUUCUUAAAAAAUUCUAAAGUUCAUUCAAUAAAUCAAUCAUCAAGUACUUAAUUACUAAGUCUUUUAAUCUUCUUCAAGAUUGCUGGGUAUUCUUUUUCCUGACUAACAGAAAAAUAAAUCUAUUAGAGUUAGUAUACAUGUGAUAGACAAGAACUCAUCUGUUUCAAUAGGGCACUGCUUCGGUAAUCUGGCUCUAAACUAAAAUGAGAAAAUUAAUAUAUAAGAAAUAAAAGAAAUCCUUGGAUUAUAAAAAUCAGGGAUAGAUGAUAUAAAUUUAAGGAUGAAAGUUGGCAAAGGAUUUUACCAGGAUUUGGAAUUUAAUCAUUCUGGAGAUUCCUUGUUUAAGUUUAAGCAAUUAGACUACAUAGUACUAUUCUAUGAGGUUGAUUAGAAUUAAUGGAGAGAUAAUGGGCAGUUGAAUGAUUUUAUGAUAAUAAGGAAUCAAGAUCACAGAUAGAGUUCUCAAUAAAGAUUCAAAGCAAAUAGAUAAAAUGGAUUCAACAGCUUGAUUCAUCUACUUAAGAGUCCUUUAAAUUGA